UUGUGAGGACCCCUGUUCUGCCAACCGAGCAUAUGAUGCAGCAGCUGCAGCGGUGUGAAUGUCAGAGUCGAACUGGGUUUAAUUCUCCAGAAUAAAACACUUAUUAAAGUUUAUCUUCAUGGACAACGACAUUCUGGACUCUCUGGAGGAUCUGGGGUAUCAGGGCCCUCUGUUAGAAGAUGGUGCUCUUCAGGCUGCAAUCAGCGGUGGUGCUGCAUCUCCAGAGUUCACUAAGCUGUGUGCGUGGCUCGUCUCCGAACUCACCCUGUACUGCAAACUGGAGGAGAACGUACACGCUACCAACUGUCCGAGUGAGGCUGAAGGUUUCCAGUUAGAGAUGAGCGGCUUGAUGACGGAGUUGGUGUGUCCGUACUCGUCUCUGACACACGGAGACGUUACACAACGUCUACUGAACGCCAACAACUGUCAACUGCUGCUCACGUUUCUGAUCUCGGAGCUGGAAGCUGCUCGGAUGGUGUUGGUGAAUGCUCCUCAGAGGAAAGCUCAGGAUGGAGGAGGAGGAACGCUCGGCUGCAGUGAGCUCUUCCUGGAGCUGAAGGGCAUCUGUGUGUCUCUGGGCAUGUCCAAACCUCCAUCCAACAUCUCCAUGUUCCAGUUCUUCAGCGGCAUCGAGAAAAAGCUGAAGGAAGCGUUCUCUAAAGUUCCUCCUCGUCACGUCGGUGGGCCUUUAAUGAUAAAAACCCUCGGCCCUUUACACUGGGAGAAAAUCGAAGCGAUUAACCAGGCUCUGGUGAACGAGUACGAGGUGCGGAGGAAAAUGUUACUGAAGCGUCUAGACGUUACUGUUCAGUCCUUCGGCUGGUCAGACAGAGCCAAGAGUCAUACUGAGAAGUUGGCCAAAGUGUAUCAGCCCCUGCGUUCAUCGCUCAGCUUAAAAAGCAAAGUGUGUGUCGCUCACCUUCUCGCUGCCAGAGAAGAUUUAUCCAAAAUCCUGCGCACCAGCAGCGGCCAGACUCGAGAAAAAACCUCGUGCGCCAUCAACAAGGUGCUGAUGGGUCGUGUUCCAGAUCGUGGUGGAAGACCGAACGAAAUCGAGCCUCCUCCUCCGGAGAUGCCGACAUGGCAAAAACGGCAAGACGGACCAACAGUAGGCGGCGGAGGGCGAGGGGGAGGCAGGGGUGGCUACGAUCAGCACCGAGGAGGAGGUGGAAGAGGGGAUAGAGGGGGUAAAGUACAAGGAGGCUGGUCAGAUGGUGGAAAUCAGGGUCAUUAUCAAGAUGGAGGAAGAGGAGGCUACCGUGGAGGAUACCAUGGUGGGCAACAAGGAGGUCCAGGAUAUCAAGGGGCGCACCAAGGUCAAGGAUACCAAGGUGGCGGGGGGCAUCAAGGGCAAGGAUACCAAGGCAGAGGUGGUGGGCAAGGAUUUCAAAGUGUAGGGUACCAAGGAGGUCAUCAGGGGCAAGGGUACCAAGGUGGUGGAGGGUAUCAGUCUAGUAGCCAAGGGCAGGGAUACUCUGGUGGAGGUUACCAAGGUGGGCAACAAGGGCAAGAAGUUGGUAACAAAGGUCACUACCAAGAUGGAGGUCGACAGCAGGAACGAGGUGGCGGUAGAGGUAGUCGUGGAGGGAGAGGACGAGGAGGACGCGGAGGGCAAAGCGGAGGCUGGGGUGGUAGAGGGGGGCAAAAUUUUAAUCAAGGAGGGCAGUUUGAGCAGUUCUUCCAACAUGGCGGCCAUCAGUAUAACCAGGCAGGGUUCGGCCAGGGGUUUUACUCCAGCUGAGUUAACAAGAUCAUCAGGAAAUUAACCCUGAAACAAGAGUCGCUUUCAGAUACAAAGAUGGACGGCUUUGUUGUAUUUUUGAGAAUGAGACUCGUUAUAAAGAACCAGCGGUUGCUUUUCUUGUUCUUCUGCUAACAGAUAAGCUAAUUGCCUAAGUCCAGUGUUCUGUAAGACCUUUGGGAUGUGUAAGACUCGGAUACGAUACGAUACGAUAUUUUUUGUUUUUCAACAAAGCCUUAACUUUACCCCAAAAAUAAGUAUCGUUAUUUAUUGCCAGCACUUGACAAAUGAUUUUGUUCCAAACUGUUUAUCGCACUAAAACUCAUUACAACUCACUAGAACUCGACAGACUUCUGAGGUUACUUGACGUUUAAACUGACCGCAUUGUAGAGUUUUUUUUUUUUCUUUAAACAUUUGUUUACAAAAAUUGGAUGACAACUUGAGGCGGUGAGAUGUUUCAUCAUCCAAUAUGGUUUGUGUGGAGAGAAAAAUGGUUUCGGUUAAAGUUCACGAUUCAGUUUGUUGCUUUUGAAAAAGAUUGUGUGAAGACUGACAGCAAUAAAGCAAAGUAUGGUA